AUUUAGCUCACAGUAGGCGUGACAAACGAUCGGUCAUAUGAGCGUCAGUAGCGCUCGAGCAGUCCUGCCCAGUAGCGCCAUGUCACCGGGAAACCUCGGCCGCUCGUGAGGAUUUUGCAAAGGGAUGGAGCGGUAUGGCAACGCCGACGUACAUUAUAAACAUCAAGGUGCUGAAUUAGGCUAUGGUUUGCCCUGAUACAUAACGGUAGCAGCAGCGCUUCCCAGACCAUCCCCCCCAGCCAGCUACCCCACCAACCCUUCAGCCCAGGCCCAGCCAUGACAGCCAAGUCGUCCCUGCUCAAGGUGAUCCUCCUUGGGGACGGAGGCGUGGGAAAGUCCUCCCUCAUGAACCGCUACGUCACCAACAAGUUUGACACGCAUCUCUUCCACACCAUUGGCGUGGAGUUCCUAAACAAGGAGCUGGAGGUGGACGGGCGCACCGUGACGCUCCAAAUCUGGGACACGGCGGGCCAGGAGCGCUUCCGCUCGCUCCGGACACCUUUCUACCGUGGCUCCGACUGUUGUCUCCUAACCUUCAGCGUGGAUGACAACCAGAGCUUCCACAAUCUCAACAACUGGAAGAAGGAGUUUGCCUACUACGCUGAUGUCAAGGAACCUGAGAAGUUCCCUUUCGUGGUCCUGGGUAAUAAGUUGGAUGUGCCAGAGAGGCAGGUUUCGGGCGAGGACGCCCGCCAGUGGUGCCGCGACAACGGCGGCCACCCGUACUUUGAGACGAGCGCCAAGGACUCGACCAACGUGGCGGCGGCGUUUGAGGAGGCGGUGAGGAGGGUGCUGGCGCAGGAGGAAAGGGGCGAGCACCUCAUCCCGACGAACACAGUGGACCUGCACAGGAAGCCUCGCUCUGGUGCCUCCUGCUGCUGAGGAGAUGUAGGGUUGAUUACCUUUAUUUGACUCUUAAAGGCCCAAUGCAGCUGUUUAUCUCAAUUUAAAUGGGCAAAAAUAGCUUUUUAGCAAAAAAAACUAUUUCUCAAGCAAGAAUUUUGCUAAGACUGGGAAAACUAGCUGUUUAUUGGAAGAGAGGUUUGGAACAGUUUUUGUUGUUGGUCUAUUGACCAAUCUACCGAACAGUGAUGUCACCAUUGAAAGCUGAAACUCCCGUCCAUGCAAACCUGCUGAUUAUAAUGUCCUGUGUAGAUUGUAUUUUCGACCACCAACUAUCAGGAAAUAAACGGAUCACAUUUUUUCACAGUUUUACAGUGUUCGUUUCAUCAGCUGUUUAUACAAUAUGGUAUGAAACACAGGAAGAUUAGAAUUUUGACUGCACUGAGCCUUCAAAGAGACAGUAGGGGCAUAUUUGAAUUUCUGCUGGCCAACUCUGGCCGUAACUUGUGAAUACUGUUGAUACCAACGGCCACUUGGUUCAAGUUCUCCUUGUUAACUGUGGUUAAUGCUUUCGUUCUGCUCUGUUCUCCCAUGGUUUACCCGACUGCACGUGCACGCGGACACACAGCCUGUUCAUGGCAUUAUACACACCCAACCCACUUAGGCUAUAUAAGUUUUAUCAUACACAGGAGUGCUCAUAGUUGGGCCUGCUAUUUGACAUUCCUUUGCGCUGGCGAGUGUGUUUUUAUCAGUGACUACUACGAUCAAGAGAAUACUUUGUUUUGCGCUUGUCCUUCAGUAAUCAAGUAAUGACUAAAUAUUUACAUUUUAGUCAAAGCAGACAUUAUUUGAUGUACUUUUUCAUACUGGUCCCCUGUGGGAAACGAACCCACAACCCUGCCGUUACAAGCGCCCUGCUCUACCAAUUGAGCCACAUGGGAAAUACUACAUUGUCAUCCCAUCUAUUAAAUGGGCUGAAUGUGCCAAAUGUAUAUUAAUAUUGUUGAUUGUUUAAAACAAUCCUAUUUUGUAUUAACGUUAGUGGUGGUAGUCAGUACACAGACUGACUGAACUACAGUAUGUGUUGGGGGGGAAGCCUGAGGGUUCUGUCCAGUCUACAUCAUUGUACAAAUGGAAAGAAAAUUCCAGUCAAACCCAUUUCUCUGAUUAUUCUCACUUGGGCUGAUUUUAGAUUUUAAACCCACUCAACCCAGCCAUGCAAAUUUUGGCUGUGUGAAUUCGAAGCCGUUCAUUGGCUGGAUCGCGUUCUCUAUAGAGACCAAUGUUGAAUGGACUCCCAUCAACAUCCAUAAGUGUGUCCAGCAUUCAUAAUGACCGUAAGAGCUUUAACAUGUUUAAUCUCAUCCAAUUUCCAGAUAAACUGUCAAAAGCCUUUCUAUAGCCAUGUUAAUGUGUGUUCGUUAGGAAUGGCAGGGCACUGAAGCAUGUAGAUUUGUCUUUUAGCUACAAAAACAUUAGCUUUAAUUUAUUUAAAUGUAUUUUCAGUCACUCACUACGCGAACUGGUGCACCCGAAGCCUCAGGAUAUAAGUGCAUUAGCUCGCCUAACUGUUCUCGGAGAGUUUGGAAAUGAAUGGCUUUUUAAUGUUAUGUUGCCUGGACCUGGACUAACCAUUUAGGAAUGGAGCAGCAAACCCAGGGCCAUUGCGCCACAGUUUGUGAUAAUAGGCUUUAGGCUGACUUGUGCCAUCAUGAGUUCUGUGUACUAUAGCUCCAAGGAAACCAGUCGUAAAUGCAUACCAGUUGUUUCUAUGUUUUGCUGUAAAACAAAACCAACCAUGACACACUAAAAACUGUAGGCCUAAUGUACUUUUGUUUUUAUGUAAAAAAAUAUAUAUCGUUGGUAAUUUGACAAAAGACCCCCCAAAAAAAUGAUGUUACCAGUAUUCAAAUGCAAACCAGUCAUUUCUAUAGCAGGGUUCCCCAACUGGCAGCCGGCGGCACACCAAGAUUUCUGAGCAUAUACAGUACCAGUCAAAUGUUUAGACACACCUACUCAUUCAAGGGUAUCUCUUUAUUUUCUACAUUGUAGAAUAAUAGUGAAGACAUCUCAACUAUGAAAUAACACAUAUGGAGUCAUGUCGUAACCAAAAAAGUGUUAAACAAAUCAAAAUAUAUUUGAGAUUCUUCAAAGUAGCCACACUUUGCCUUGAUGACAACUUUGGACACUUGGCAUUCUCUCAACCACCUUUCCAACAGUCUUGAAGGAGUUCCCACAUAUGUUGGCUGCUUUCCCUUCACUCUGCGGUCCAACUAGAUCAUCCGUUCACCUACUCUGCGUCUCACAAAGACACGGUGGUUGGAACCAAAAAUAAAACAUUUGGACUCAUCAGACCAAAGGACAGAUUUCCACCGGUCUAAUGUCCAUUGCUUGUGUUUCUUGGCCCAAGCAAGUAUCUUCUUCUUAUUGGUGUCCUUUAGUAGUGGUUUCUUUGCAGCAAUUCGACCAUGAAGGCCUGAUUCACACAGUUGAUGUUCAUGUGUCUGUUACUUGAACUCUGUGAAGCAAUCUGAGGUGCAGUUAACUCUAAUGAACGUAUCCUCUGCAGCAGAGGUAACUCUGGGUCUUUCUUUCCUGUGGCGGUCCUCAUGAGAGCCAGUUUCUUCAUUGCACUUGAUGGUUUUUGCGACUGCAACUGAAGAAACAUUCAGUUGUUCCGCAUUGACUGACCUUCAUGUCUUAAAGAAAUGAUGGGCUGUUGUUUCUCUUUAAAUUAUACUUUUAUUUAACUCGGCAAGUCAGUUAAGAACAAAUUCUUAUUUACAAUGACGGCCUACCCACGGCCAAACCUGGACAAUGCUGGGCCAAUUGUGCGCAGCCCUAUGGGACUCCCAUAUUUCCACCAGUCUAAUGUCCAUUGCUCAUGUUUCUUGGCCCAUGCAAGUCUCUUCUUCUUCUUAUUGUCCUUUAGUAGUGGUUUCUUUACUGCAAUUUGACCAUGAAGGCCUGAUUCACACAGUCUCCUCUGAACAGUUGAUGUUGAGAUGUGUCUUAUUUGAACUCUGAAGCAUUUAUUUGGGCUGCGAUUUUUGAGGCUGGUAACUCAAAUGAACUUAUCCUCUGCAGCAGAGGUAACUCUGGGUCUUCCUUUCCUGUGGUGGUCCUCUUGAGAGACAGUUUCAUCAUAGUGCCUAAUGGUUUUUGCGACUGCACUUGAAGACACUUUCAAAGUUCUUGAAAUUUUACGUAUUGACUGACCUUCAUGUUUUAAAGUAAUGACGGAUUGUCGUUUCUCUUUGCUUAUUUGAGCUGUUCUUGCCACAAUAUGGACUUGGUAUUUUACCAAAUAGGGUUAUCUUCUGUAUACCAUCCCUACCGUGUCACAACACAACUGAUCAAACAUAUUAAGAAGGAAAGAAAUUCCUCAAACUUUUAACAAGUCACACCUGUUAACCUCUCUUGGGUACGUGAGACGUUAGUGUCCCACCUCUUCAACAGCCAGUGAAAUUGCUGGGCGCCAAAUUCAAAUACAGAAAUACACAUUAAAAAUUCAGAAAACAAAACAUAUUUUACAUAGGUUUAAAGAUUAACUUCUUGUGAAUCCAACCACGGUGUCAGAUUUAAAAAAAUGCUUUACGGCGAAAGCAUACCUUACGAUUAUUUGAGAACAUAGCCCACUAGACAAAUCAUUACAAACAGUAACCUGCCAAGUAGAAGUCAGAAGUCAGAAAUAGAGAUAAAAUUAAUCCCAUACCUUUGAUGAUCUUCAUAUGGUUGCACUCAGCAGACAUUCAUUUACUCAAAUGUUCCUUUUGUUCGAUAAAGUCUCUUUAUAUCCAAAAACCUCCGUUUUGUUCGCCUUUUUUUCAGUAAUCCACAUGCUCAAACGCAGUCAAAACAGGAAGACAAAAAAAUCCAAAUUGUAUCCGUAAAGUUCAUAGAAACAUGUCAAACGAUGUUUAUAUUCAAACCUCAGGUUGUUUUUAGCCUAAAUAAUCGAUAAUAUUUCAACCGAACAAUAACGUUGUCAAUUUAAAAGGUAAACAAGAAACGCACUCUCUCGGUCUCACGCAUGAAAAAGCUCUGACACUUUAGGGUCCACUCAGACUGCUCUUACUUCCUAAUUUUUCAGAAUACAAGCCUGAAACAAUUUCUAAAGACUGUUGACAUCUAGUGGAAGGCAUAGAAACUGCAAAUUGAGUCCUAAGUCAAUGGAUACUGUAAUGGCAUUGAAUAGAAAACUACAAAACCAAAAAAAUAUAUAUACUUCCUGAAUGGAUUUUUCUCAGGUUUUUGCCUGCCAAAUCAGUUCUGUUAUACUCACAGACACUAUUUUAACAGUUUUGGAAACUUUAGAGUGUUUUCUAUCCAAAUCUACCAGUUGCAUGCAUAGCAUAUCUUCUGGGCCCGAGAAGCAGGCAGUUUAAUUUGGGCAUGCAUUUCAUCCAAAAUUCCGAAUGCUGCCCCCUACCCUAGAGAAGUUAAUUGAAAUGCAUUCCAGGUGACAACCUCAUGAAGCUGUCAAGGCAAAGGGUGGCUACUUUGAAGAAUCUCAAAUAUAAAAUAUUUGGAUUUAACACCUUUUUUGCUUACUACAUGAUUCCAUGUGUGUUAUUUCCUUGAACGAGUAUGUGUGUCCAAACUUUUGACUGGUAUUGUGUAUAAUUAUUUUUUGUUGGACAUAAGACUGUAAAAACAUUGGCAAAUCAGCUCCAAGUGAUUUUUAUUUUGGAAGUGUGUUCCAAAUUAUUCCCGCGCAUUAUAGAAAAAUAUGUGAUCAUAUACAAUUGUAAGCAAGGUUUGAAAUUUGUUUGUCAAAUAUUCGAUCUUUGGACUUCUUGUGGUCAAUUUGCAUUCUAAAAAUAAUUUAUUUUCUGUUCCCCUGACCAUCCACUCAAUUGUUUUUCUCCUGUUCCAGCGUCUUGCAUUAAAACAUGAACCAACCUGAAACACUAUAAA